AAAUAUUCUACGACUGAAAAUUAUUCAGUCAAUAUGUCAUCUGGAAGAGUUCCCAAUGGAGAUUUCUAUAAAGAUCUUGUUGAUUUGACUUUGAAGUCAGAUGAGCUGGACCCAGAAAAACAGCAGGAAGACCAAAGACAACAACCAAAGGUUGAGGACAAAACCAACCAGUCUCCGGGCCGCCUGCUGCUCGAGUCCUACCUCAACAAGACGAUGCGGGUCGUAAUGACGGACGGACGGUCGCUGAUGGGAGUCUUCUGGUGCACGGAUCGCGACGCCAACGUCAUCCUCGGCAACUGCAUGGAGCACAUGCCGCCCCGAGAGGACGGAUCGCGUGAUGAGCCGCGCCCGCUCGGUCUGGCCAUGAUUCCCGGCCGGCACAUCGUCACCAUGCACCUGGACCAGCUGCAGCACGUGCGACCCGAUCAGGUCACGUGACGACAGCGGCAGCUGGUGUGAGCCAUCACCCACCGCUGCCGUUAGCCCAGGUGGCCCCGCCACAGGCACGGGACUGGCCGUCAGUGUGCAAUGUCGACGAUAUUUGGCCGAGAAAGCGGUGACGGACGUGGCUGACUGGAGUCUCGUGCGGAGACGCUGAGAACGCCUUCCUGCCGGGGAACGGUGACAAUACC